AUGGUACAUCAGGAUGCGAGUGUUAAAUCUUAUGCAAAUGUGAUUAGAGGCUUGGUUAAUGAUAUUAGCAGCAUCAAAAAGGUGGAGGCGAUUAUUGAAUUAACUUCUUGGGAUUUUAAAGUGGAAAAAAGACAAUGGGCAUUUCUCGUUAAGGCUAGAGAUUUCUCUACACUUCCCAAUCUUCGGGUGCUUUGUUUGGGCAAAGGUAUUGAAAAAAUUGAACUGAGAUACGCGGGGGGUUUAUGGUUUUUGAUCGAAUUUACUUCCACUAAUGCAUGUAAAAACUUUAUGGUUAGUGCCACAAUGGAUCAUUGGAUAUUCGAAAAACAUGUAUGGGAUUGA